CCGCCAUUUCCGUUCUUUAAGGGUCAUGCGCAAUAGCUCAUGACUCGUUUUCAUCAAUAGCCUCGUUCCCAGUGGGAGAAAAUGGCGACCUCCAGUGUAUUGCGACUUUCGGGUCUGUUUUCUCCGACUUUUGGGUCCCUGGUGAGUCGUCAGUCCCCAGCACUGACAGUCCAGUGUCGCAGUCUCUUCACCGACAAAGAGGAUGACAAGACAGGUGUCAGUGUUGUUCCAAGUAGAGAGCAGAGCACAAGCCAGGGAAUAGUGCCAAAGAAGACAUAUUCCCCUUUCCAGAACACAAGCAACAAGGCAGAAUAUGCACUGGCCAGGGUGGAUGACCUCCUCAACUGGGCCAGGAAGAGCUCCCUGUGGCCACUGACGUUUGGCUUGGCCUGCUGUGCUGUGGAGAUGAUGCACUUCGCCGCCCCCAGAUAUGACAUGGACAGGUUUGGGGUGGUGUUUAGAGCCAGCCCUCGACAAGCAGAUCUCAUCAUUGUUGCUGGAACUCUCACAAACAAGAUGGCUCCAGCUCUGAGAAAAGUGUAUGACCAGAUGCCGGAGCCGAGAUGGGUGAUCUCUAUGGGCAGCUGUGCCAACGGUGGAGGCUACUAUCACUACUCUUAUGCCGUGGUCCGAGGCUGUGACAGGGUUAUUCCUGUUGAUAUAUAUGUUCCAGGUUGCCCCCCGACGGCGGAGGCAUUGUUAUACGGAGUUCUACAGCUGCAGAAGAAGAUCAAGAAGAUGAAGACGGUGCAGAUGUGGUAUCGGAAGUAGUUGGCUAGUAUCGUGUACAUAGACUGCAUCUGUUAUUUGUACAUAUUUGUUGUGUUAGUGCAACCAGUAGCAUGCGAGGAACGCUACAACACUUGACCAGCAUGGUGGAUGGGGAAGUCUCAAGUUCAAAGUCUUCCCUGAAGUUACUCUGGAUGUGAAAGUACAUGAAGAUCUGUGCUUGUUUCGGGUGAAAAUCUUCAGUGCCACAAUGGACUUGUUUGAAACAAUGUGAAUUAACAUGGAAAUUUGGAAAUAAAAACUUUCCAGUAAA